AUGAGCCUGGUUCACUCAACUGCCGCGAAUCCGGUGACCUCAGUUGUAUCUCACCUUCGCAUACUGAUGACUGCGUUCUGCAUACUCGCAGUAAUAACUGGUUUCGUCAUUGGAGCGGUGCCAGGGGGCACAUCACCCGAGAAUGGGUCUAACACCCAAAUGGAUUAUCCCUGUUCCGCCACCUGGUCUAAAUGGAUGAUCAUCCCGAGAACAAUUGCAGAUUUGGCACGAGACGUCGAAUGUAUCAAAUAUCAACCUGUUACCACGUGUUCCGAUGAACGAGUCAAAUGUACUCGGCGAAGGAAUUGCGCCUGCAAUGGGGAGUCUCAGGGCCGUUUCAUUUCCGAUCCGAAAGGAAGUUGUACACAGCUGGCCAAUUGUUUGUGGCCUGUGUGUUGUGCGUCGGUGAAGCUUACAGAACUGCGCCAUGUGGUGGGCAGAGUACUACGUGUGAAUGAGUUGGGGGACUCGCAAUUGAAUUCAACCGGUGUAAUGUAUCUGAAUGUGUUGUAUGUUCCAUCGAAAUGGACCGCAGUGGACAGUGGAGGAGGCACACCCAUGCCAUCUGAAUCCAGUCUCAUGGUGAAGCAAAAAGGAACGUUCAUGAAUCAUGACUUUGACUACGUUGUUUUGUUGCCCGUGUCCAUGUAA